CCACCCAUCCCAUCCAUUUCCUCUGCUCCAAAACCAAUAUCAAGAACCACAGGGAGGUAGGAUAGAGAGAGAGAUACGCAUAGAUGGCUGUUUCUCUCACCGCCUCUCCUUUCAAUUUCUGUACGGCGAGUGCUCACCGGAUCCAAGGAGAACAAACGCCCUUUCUUUCUGGUUCUUUCCUGUUGUGCUUGGAUGGUUUAUUUGGUUUUUUUCACUCUUCACUUUCCUGGUUUGCAUCUUCGUUUGCUUGGAUUUAAAGGUGUUAAAGCUGAUUUGUGGAAAGUCACGAAGUAAGGCAGGCGCUUCUAGGUGCGGAAAGGCUCUGGAGAGAUUGACAGAAGAGAGUGAGCACACGGCGUGAUGAACAACAUAAUAUGUAUGUUGUCCUCACCGCGUGCUCACUCCUCUUUCUGUCAGUCUAUGCCUUAUUUGUGGGGGAAAACUCGACCACUCAAAUAGAGCAGACAUGCCUCUAGGACCAUGGUUUUUCUCCUACUUUACCCUACCACUUCCUUAUCCCCUAGAUCUUCACACACACUUGAUUUCUCCUUCUAUUGUUCUAGUCUUUUCAGUCAAGUUGUAUUGGGAACUGCUACCAAGGAUAAUGAUAUGGAUGCUGGUGGUAUUGUGAUAAGGAUGGACUGUUGUAGGCUUGUAGUACCGGAAUAUAUGAUUGGCUUCCUUGCUUGUUUUUCUUAUCCUUUUUCCGUUUUCUUGGCCUCUUGCAGAUUUGCAGUAGCACCGUUGCCUUAGGGACCUGAAGUAUGGGGAUGCUGCCAGUACACUGCAACACUUUCUUGUUGGGUCAAAAAUGGAUCAUGGAGGAGGCAAGGAGACGAGCUAUAUUUGGCAUGGAAGGAGGAAGAACAAGAGCAUCAUGAUAAGGUAGGAAAUGGACUGAGAAGGCGUUAUGAAUAUCCAGAUAACUAAGAUAAACGCGUUAAAGAACCACACUGUGCAGACCGUCAACUUCGUAGUCCCGGUCUUCAGGUUGUUAACUUGUUGUUUGAAGGUCGCUCAGUCUUUUGCCUUCUGCGUGGACACAGCAAUUGUGGUGCCAAAUAUCGUUGGGCUUGUCAUUUCCACCGUGCAGAUAUGCAUCUACUUAUGGAUCCUUGUCAGCCCAAGAAAAACCCGCAACGGAAGCAUUCCUAACCACAAUGUGAGGCAUCCUGCAGUCUCCACGACAAUGGAGUCCCAAUCAGCAAUCUGUGCAGUGGCAAGUCCAACAUCAUCUACCAAUAUAUCUCUGAAAAAGAGCCAAACUUUGGGGGGCACGAGUGGUUCAGAUUAUGAUACCAAAUUCGAGGGUGCUCCUUUUGAACAAAGUACAAACCCACAGGACGUGAAGAGAAUGCGACGGAUGAUGUCAAACCGUGAGUCUGAUCAGUGUUCGAGGAAGAGGAAGCAAGCCCACUUGGCUGACCUUGAGACACAGGAAAAUCCGAAGAGGUCUAGAACCUCUUAUUUGAGGCGGAAGGGUCCUUCGGAGCAGGUUGACCAGGUUGAGCAGCUGACAGACGCCAAUCAGCAACUCACCACCUCAGUCACAGUCACAGACAACAGGAUCCUGAAAUCAGAUGUCAGGGCCCUCAGAGUCAAGCUGGCGGUGGACAUGGUGGCCCGUGGCGCGCUGGCAAGUCCAGCAUCAUCAUCCAAGAUAUCUCUGAAAAGGAGCCAAACUUUGAGGGGCACGAGUAGUUUAGAUUAUGAUACCAAAUUCGAGGGUGCUCCUUUCGAACAAGGUACAAACCCACAGGACGUGAAGAGAAUGCAACGGAUGGUGUCAUACCGUGAGUCUGAUCAGUGUUCGGAGCAGGUUGACCAUGUUGAGCAGCUGACAGACGCCAAUCAGCAACUCACCACUGCAGUCACAGUCAGAGACAACCGGAAGCUGAAAUCAGAUGUCAGGGCCAAGGUGAAGCUGGCGGAGGACGUGGUGGCCUGUGGCGCGCUGUCGUGUGGGCUAGGCAGCCUUGGGCUCUCAUCACCGGUCCUGAACCCACAGCAGUGCAGGGUUCCUGACGUGCUGCCCGUCCUGGAGGUACCCGCGGACGACAGAUGCUUCACGGGGUUGUCCCCCACGGUGCAGGUCCAGAACUCGUCGCUGCAGAGCCUUAGCCUCGAGAGCUUCGACAACCGGAUGACCAGCGAGGUGACGAGCUGCGCCGGCGCCGGCGUCGAUGUCUGACCAUGGGAUCACUCCAACGGCGGCUUGUCCAAGUGAGGAACCCGAAGCGUGGAAAUUCGCACGCCGAAGGCAGCUACUGUCCUGUAUGCGUAUGACACUAUGAACUGCAGGUCUAGAUCCUGCCAUUGCUGUGUUAGCUGGAGUGAUGAACUGAACGGACUUUUUUUUUUUGCAGUCCUCGUCUUGGUAUAUUGCCUUUGCCUAGUUCUGUAAUAGAACCAGUUAUCAAUAAACUUUAAGUAUAUAUGCUAAGGUACUGAACUCCAAAGCAUAAUUA